UAAUUGCAAUGCAAUAUACAUCCGCCUAAACAACCUAUAAAUUGACAAUAGCUUUUUUCCUUGAUGUAAAUUAACUAUGUACUAAUGUCAUCACAAAAUUUCCAAGUUUUCUUCUCUACAGCACGUACAAGUCGAGGAAGGUCCCUUAAUAAUCAUAGACCAUUAAAUUUAUUGUUGACAAAGUGAGCAAACUUACAUGAUUGUUGCUGCUAUAAAAGAAAUAAUAACUUGUCAUUUAAUUCAAUGAGUUCAGUUUCCACUUCAUCCUCUGUCCCAACGUCUUGAAUGUUCUACAUAUUUCAGUGUUUACUGAAGGUUUACGUUUUUUGUCAAAAAAAAAAUUUUUUCGUCCCAGGUGAUGUGGCACUCACCAUCAGAGAAGAUAUUAAAACAAAAAAGUUUACGUCGACAACUAUUUAUUUGAAAAUAGUCAUUUUUCUUGAAAGUAGGUUCGUAAGCCACUCUUGCAUUUACUCAUCCGUCUUAUCCUUAAUGUCGACAUCGUGCUAAAGAAAUCAUCAUGCAAUGACCCAGGAAGUAAAUAUCACUUGAAAAAACGUGUUGAAAUACGAUCAUCAGAAUAUCGAAUUUUCAAAACUUUCGUAAUUUGAAUUAAUUGUUUCCUAGAUCUUGUUUUAAAGCAGUUCAAAUUUUUUAACUCAGGUCAUGUUCGAAAAAAAUAGUCAGAUUAUUCUAGGUCAACGUAAUAAUUUCUUUAUAAACCAUAACAAUGCGAAACAAUUUAAUAUUAAUUAGACUUGGUAUUCUCGUGAGGCUACUCAUCCGUAACUAUUGUAUUAUAAAUUGAACGCGAUGAAAGUAAGUCAAACAUACAAUGAAGGUCGUGUCGGAAAGACAUUAGCAAAAGUAUCGAAGGUAUAAACUUGAUUAUUAUUUUCUUUUCUUACUAAGAUGCUGUAAUUAGCGAAAAAGGCUGAUCAAAUUCUAAACAAGUCAAAAAACACACGUAUUUAUUAUUUAAGAUGUUUCUGCUUGUGGUAUCUUUUUUAUUUGCAAUAAUCGUAGUUGUUUCUAUAUACUUGCACCUUUCGGAAAGUCAUAUGAAAUACGUGAAAAUGCCGCCAUGUUUGUACAGAUACAUUUUUCUUGGAAACAUUCCUUAUCUACUCAAAAAGAAGACGCCAGUUCACACAUAUUUCGAGUUUUUAUCUAAAGAUAUUGGCAGCGUAUUUACAUUUUGGUUUGGCGAUUGCCCUGCUGUGAUAAUUAAUGAUUUCCAAAUGGCGAAGAAGUUGUUAUAUUCAAAAGAAUGCACAGGUAGACCACAGCGUUACACGGGAGAGAUGUACUCAAGAGGAUUCAAAGGAAUUAUAACGACUACUGCCUGCCCAGCCUUAAGAACCCGUCGAAACAUAGCCCACAAGUCUUUGAGAUUUUUGGAAAACACACAGAUCGAGGAACUACUAAAAAGCGAAGUUAAUUUCUUCAUAAAAUCGAUAACGUUGAGAAUGGGAAAUACUGACAAUUUGCAACUCGAUUUAUCUGACGAUGUAUCGCUGAUGUCCUGCAAUUUGAUUUGGAUGUUAUUGUUCAACGAGCGAUUCUCUCCGCAGAGUGAAGAGUUUGCAGAAGUGCAGCAGAUGCUAGAAUGGCUAAAUGAUGGUUUACUGCUUAGUAACUUACUCCAAGGUUUUCCGAUACUACGAAAGAUUCCUCUAGGAAAAUUCCUUUUUAUAAAUUCUUUUAAAACGUCACGUGACCGCCUUAUAAGAAGCCAAACCGAAUCACAUCGAGACAGAUUAGAUAAAAACUGUCCUAAAGACUUUACGGAUAUGUUAUUGAUGCACGACGAAUUAUCAGAGGAUAACGUUGAAAUAAUUUUAUCCGAUAUUUUAGUGGCAGGGUUUGAAACGGUUGCAAGUACACUUCAAUUUAUGAUUUUAUAUUUGAUCAAAAAUAAAAACAUUGCUCAGAAAUGUUACGAAGAAGUUGAUAAAAUCCUAGAAGGAGAUGACGAUUUAAAAUUAACAGACCUUGAUAACUUUCACUAUGUUAAAGCUGUUAUAUCAGAAACAAUGCGAAUUACUCCUGCAGCACCUUUAGGUGUUCCCCAUAUUACUGUAAAUGAUUUAUCUAUAAUGGAAUACGUCAUUCCGCGAAAUACUACUUUGUUUAUCAACAUAUACGCUAUUCAUCACGAUGGAAAUUUGCAUCAUCAGCCAGAGGUUUUUAACCCUGAGAGAUUUCUUGAUGAAAACAGAGAAUACAAAAGUAUAAAUGGAUUUCUACCAUUUUCAUUGGGAAGAAGACAAUGUCUUGGAAAAGAACUGGCUUUAAAAGAACUAGUUUAUUUCACUGUCAAUGUUUUGAGAAAAUUUUGGUUAGAAGCACCAGACGAUGGGCAACUACCAAUAGAGUAUAUUUCAAAAACAACACUAAAGCCCGACAAUUACGAGGUGAAACUCAGUAAGCGACAUGAUAAGAAUUGUAAUAUUACUCGACCAAAGCUACAUUGAUUGUAUAAACAACACACUGGAAGUAGCGUAUGCGAAAUCAAUCAGAGUUCGAAAUUGUAGCUUUUAUGCUCAAUCCUAUUAUGUUUAUAAACAUUUUACACGAUGUACAUAUAAUACUAUUUACAAUAUAACUUAAGGAAAACCAUUCAAUAAUUGUAUUGUAGUAUUUCAUUAUAUAAAUUAAAAUUAUUCUCGAUUUUUAUUUUGCUAUACAUGUAAAACAUGCUAUUAUAACUAUGAACACAUUAACCUGUUUACUCUAGCACAAAAAAACAUACGGUCAUACUUAUAAGAAAAACUAUUUUCAUUUAA